GGGAGCGCGCGGUCGGCGGAGGCUUAGAGCAAAGCCGCGGGCGGGGGGCUGGAGAGACAGGUCUGUGCGUUGCAUGCGUUCUGCAGGCGGAGGCCCGCGCGCCGAGACCCGGCUAGAAUCUGCUAAGAGUCAGUUUUUAGUGAAACAGCAUUGAGCUACGGGCCAAGACCCACUUCUUCACUAAUUUGAUCUUGUGCAAGUCAUCUUACCUCUCUGGAUCUCAGUUGUCUCAUCUGUAAAAAGGAGAUAAAAAUUCUUUACCUUUCUGAAGUUUUGCCUGAGGCUCCGAUGCCCUUGGGAUCAGUGCUUUCCUGCUGUCUUGAGAUCACUGCCUGAUUUGGAACUGCAGCUCAUCCUACUUUAGAGAGUAAAUUAUCAGCCUAUCCUGGUUUGGAUCAGUCUACUCUCAGCCUAGCUUAACCCAGUGUCUCCUGUUUGGGUCUCUGUUCUUAUUGAGGAAGAGGGUGAUAAAAGAAAGGAGAAGGCCAUUCUUACUGACCUGGAAAUGGAAUAAAAAUGAGGUGGAGGACCAUCCUACUACGAUAUUAUUUUUUCUUGGUUACUUGUCUACUUACUGCUCUUGAAGCCGUGCCUAUAGACAUAGACAAGACAAAAGUAAAACAUACUCAACCUGUGGAGAGCGCAAAGAUAGAAGCACCUGAUACUGGACUUUAUUAUGAUGAAUAUCUCAAGCAAGUGAUUGAUGUGCUGGAAACAGAUAAUCAUUUCAGAGAAAAGCUCCAGAAAGCAGAUAUAGAGGAAAUAAAGAGUGGGAGGCUAAGCAAAGAGCUGGACUUAGUAAGUCACCAUGUGAGAACAAAACUUGAUGAACUAAAAAGGCAAGAAGUAGCAAGGUUAAGAAUGCUAAUUAAAGCUAAAUUGGAUUCCCAUCAAGAUACAGGAAUAGACCACCAUGCUCUUCUAAAACAAUUUGAUCACCUAAACCACCUAAAUCCUGAAAAGUUUGAAUCUACAGAUUUGGAUAUGUUAAUCAAAGCGGCUACAAGUGAUCUGGAACACUAUGAUAAAACUCGACAUGAAGAAUUUAAAAAAUAUGAAAUGAUGAAGGAACAUGAAAGGAGAGAAUAUUUAAAAACACUGAAUGAAGAAAAGAGAAAAGAAGAAGAAUCUAAAUUUGAAGAAAUGAAGAAAAAGCAUGAAAAUCAUCCCAAAGUUAAUCAUCCAGGAAGCAAAGAUCAACUAAAAGAGGUAUGGGAAGAGACUGAUGGAUUGGAUCCUAAUGACUUUGACCCCAAGACAUUUUUCAAACUACAUGAUGUCAAUAGUGAUGGCUUCCUAGAUGAACAAGAAUUAGAAGCCUUAUUUACUAAAGAGUUGGAGAAAGUAUAUGACCCAAAAAAUGAAGAGGAUGAUAUGGUAGAAAUGGAGGAAGAAAGGCUUAGAAUGAGAGAACAUGUAAUGAAUGAGGUUGAUGCUAACAAAGACCGACUGGUGACUCUGGAAGAGUUUUUGAAAGCUACGGAAAAAAAGGAAUUCUUGGAGCCAGAUGGCUGGGAGACCUUGGAUCAGCAACAGUUCUUCACAGAGGAAGAACUUAAAGCGUAUGAAAAUCUUAUCUCCUUACAAGAAAAUGAACUUAAGAAAAAGGCAGAUGAACUUCAGAAACAAAAAGAAGAGCUACAACGUCAGCAUGACCAACUUGAAGCUCAGAAGCUGGAAUAUCAUCAGGCUGUACAGCAGAUGGAACAAAAAAAAUUACAACAAGAAAUUCCUCCCUCAGGGCCUGGCGGAGAAUUGAAGUUCCAGCCACACGUUUAAAGACCGAAGUCCCCCAGAACUUGGAAGAAAGCUAUUAAAUCAACAUCUGUUUCUUCUUUUUACCUCCCUUCCUUUUUCUCUGCUCAAUAAAUAUUUUAAAGCAUAUAUGGAAUAAAGGAAGAUACUUUUCAAA